AUGAAAUCGGCGCUAAAAACUAAAUAUAUUUUAUCAUCAAUAAAAAAAAUUCAUUGCCAUUUUUUGCUUCUCAUAUAUUUAUAAAUACUUAAUGUUGAUAAUUGAAGGCAUGGAGACAAUUCAAGAAGUAACAAUUAAGAAUGAAAUCAAAAACGAAAAUGAUUCAGAUAGCGAGUUCAAUAACAUGAAGUUUAAGAAAGAAUUAACUAAGAAUGAGGACUACAUUCAAGAUGAGUACAACUUGGCUUUUGUAGGCAUGAAAACAAUUCAAGAAGUAACAAUUAAGAAUGAAAUCAAAAACGAAAAUGAUUCGGAUAGCAAGUUCAAUAACAUGAAGUUUAAGAAAGAAUUAACUAAGAAUGAGGACUACAUUCAAGAUGUGAAUUAUAAUGACGUAAAGGUACUACACACAGAAGUUUUUUUUGAAGAUAUGAAAUGUGAACAAAAUUCAAAUGAAUGCAACUUAGCUCUUGAAGAUUCUUAUAAAGUUGAAGAGAGUGGAUCCAUAGAACCAGUCAAGACACCCCAGCUUCAUGAGUGUGAACAAUGUUUUAAAGUUUUUACUGCUCGCAGCAAGCUAAACAGACACUUAAAAACGCAUGCCGAAGACAAACGUAUUAAAUGCGAAAUUUGUUCAAAAACUUUUAAACAACGCAGUCAUUUUAACACCCAUCUUCAAUUGCAUUCUGAAGACAAACCAUUUAAAUGUGAGUUUUGCUCUAAACAGUUUCUAGAAAAUAAUAGGCUGAAAAUUCAUAUGCGGGUUCAUACAGGAGAAAAGCCUUAUAAAUGUGAAAUAUGUUCCAAAGAGUUCACGCUUAAAGGCAGUUUGAAAAAUCAUAUGUACACAGAUCAUACGGAACAAAAACCACUAUUUAAAUGUGAUGUCUGUUCGAAAGAGCUUAGUACAAGUGGUAGUUUGAAACGGCAUAUGCGAGUGCAUACUGGAGAAAAACCAUUUCAGUGUGACCUUUGCCCCGCUCAGUUUGCAAAUAAUUAUGCUUUGGGUAUCCACAAGCGUGCUCAUACAGGGGAACUUCCCAAAUGCGAUAUUUGUUUUAAGCAGUUUAGUGAAAAUAGUAAAUUAAAAGUACACAUGAGGACGCAUAACAGCAAAGCAUCUUUUCAAUGUGAGGUAUGUUCGCAGUCAUUUGCGGAACAUAAGAGAUUGAUAACACACAUGCGAGUGCAUACAGACGAGAAACCUUUCAAGUGUGAAAUAUGCUCAAAACAGUUUGUUACAAAUGGAAGUUUAACGAGACAUAUGCUUAUUCAUUCUGAAGAAAAACCUUUUAAAUGUGACGUUUGUUCCCGUCAAUUUACACAGAAAGUUAACUUAGAAAAACAUUGUCGUCUACAUACUAAAAGAAAAUCUACAACCUAA